UUCUACAGUUUAACAAAAUUUUUGGUUUGAACACUUAGCUUACAAUGAGUUGGCUGUCAACCAUUCUCGGUAUUAUUUUGAUAACACUUUUGUGUACGGUAUGGAUAGCAGCGCAUCCGCGAUGGGAGCAAAUGGCCCAAGCUGUGGCCACCCAGAUGAAGUACGACGACCGGUAUAGAAUCCACACCGCAUCUAAGGCAGCCAAAAAAGUGGAUACGCAGAUCCACGACUUCUACGUCAAGCUGGAGAACCAGAAGAAGGUAGCUGCCCGUGACAUAUUGGAUAGUGCAUACACUGAAACGACCAAAUGCAUCGAGGUGUUCUACAGUGGAGAGCUGGAGCAGCAGUUUAAGGACUGCAUCGAGCACGUCACCAGUCUGCACAUGGAAAGGCUGAAGUCACUUCUCCAAAUUACCACUAAGCGACAGGGCAGCGGAGCAAGCAGACUUAACAUCUGGCACUGAUGAUACCCUGGAGUCCUCCCAGGAUCGCUGGCAGGCAUCGAUUCUGCUUUCUUUGCGCCCAGUGCUUUCUGAUGUACUUUAAUUAGACAGUCAACUCGA